ACCUGUUCUUCUCUUUUCAACUCAGCUACAGAAUCUACAACUGACCCGAAAAUGUCCUGUAUUUGCCAAUAUUAUACGCCUGGCGUGGACAGCGGCAUGGCUCAAGUGGGCUUUCCUUUGAAAGCUGAUAAAGAAAGCCCAUCCGAGAACGUCGUAAAAGAUGCGGAGAAGGAAACUUCUGAGAUGACACUACCUGCCUCUGACUUAGCCGACUGUCGUGCAGAGAAUUGGCUCCUUAAGAAAAAACUGAUGGACUUUGAAAUCACUAUUGAGAAUCUACAACAGUUGGUGAGUAUGAUAGUGGAGAAGCAGCAUCGGAUCUUGAUCGAAAUGUUCGAGCUGAGAAAAGAAAACCGAGAGCUGCAGACUGAGUGUCAUCUCCAGCGAGAGUACCACUCAAUGGAAAGAAAUGCGUUGAUGAAGCAGCUACAUGACAUUCAGACUUUGUCCAGAAAUCGAAGCUUGGAAUUGGGGAGUGGAUCUAUUGAAAUUGAUGAUAACCGUAGCCCUGAGGUCCGCGAGGAAGCUGAAUUAUCCGCUGAAGAGCAGGAUGAAACUGAUGAUGAGUGUGAGAGUGAUAUUGAGUACGAUAGCUAUGAAGAUCAGGACUCUUGUACCGACGACGUAGACUGUGAAGACCUUUCGGAAACUUCACCCAAAACUUCACGAAGCAGUUCACCCUAUUCAAACGGCUCAGAAUCGGAAGACACGGAUUCACAGACGGCCAAAAAUCAAGAUUGUGAAAACGAUAGUGAUAGCGAUAGCGACCAAGAGAGCGAUGGCGAUAGCGAUACUGACUGAUGAAACGUUGAUAAAACACCGAAUAUG